UUUUAUUAAAUUAUUUCAAUUGUUUGUUUGAAUAUUUUAAAAAACAAUAGUGUAUAAAUUCCAAUACAGAUUGUAAGAAAGAGAGAAUAAAAGAGGAGAUUUGUGAUACUAAAUAUGAUAUAAAAUCGGAAUGUAAAGUUGUUUUGAGAAGAUUGAAUAUCAAAGUAAAAACUGAAGACUGUGAAGUUGUUCAUCUCCGAGAUGAAUACCAAGAUGUAAAGCCUGUCAAGAACGAGUUUUUCACUCCCGACGAAAUUAUUAACUGGAAUGAAACAAACGUACAAAUUAAGGAUGAAAAACAAAGUAAAGAAGAUGAUAUUCAAGAGAAUUCAAAUAGAGAGAAGCGUUAUAAGAAUAAUAUCAAGAAAACGAAAUACAUUCCUUCCGUUAGAAAAUGCAAUCAAGUGCAAAAAAAGAUUAAAAGGAAAUACUUCAGGGUUAUGCUUGCAUCUGAUUCUAAACAAAAAUUCACGUGUGACUUGUGUAAACAGACAUUUAUAAAUAAGGAAAUAUUAGAAGCGCAUCUGUUUUUUCAUGUUGGAAAGAAACCAUUUAGUUGUUCAACCUGCAAUGAGAAGUUUUCGUGGCAAUUUCUUUUACGAAGACACAUGAAAGAACACAAGAAUGGAAAUCAAGUUGGUGUGCAAUCAUCUUCAAAAUAUUGUAAAGGAUCUAAUAUUCAGGGGAAAAUCUGUCAAUCUGAUAUUUCUGAUAAACGCCUUCGAUCAAAGUACCGUUUACAGACAAACAAAAGAAAACACAUACGUCCUCGGUGUAAGAUAUGUAAGAAAGAAUUUAAAUACGAAUCUCGUUUGAGACGUCACGAAAUAACUCAUAGUGAAAACCGUCCUUUCAAAUGCGAUAUUUGUAAUAAGUGUUAUAAAACGAAAACACAUUUAAAAGUUCAUUAUGAACUUCAUACUGAACAAUAUAACUAUUCUUGUGAGAUAUGUAAGAGACGUUUUAAGACUAAACACUAUGUGAGUCAUCAUAAAAGGGUUGUUCAUGACGAUGACUUUAAUCAAUGUGACAUAUGUAAGAAAACAUUUAAAUCAAAACUGACUUUAAAAUUGCAUAGUGUUAUACACAGCGAUGAAUACAAAUAUUCUUGUGAUAUUUGUAACAAACAUUUUAAAACGAAAGCCUCUUUGAGAUACCAUAAGAUUAUUCACAGCGAUAGAAGUAUGUAUGUAUGUGAAAUAUGUAACGCAGGUUUUAAUUAUAAACCAGCAUUUGUCAGACAUCGCUUGAUUGAACAUGAAAAGAUGUUUGUAUGCAAAUAUUGUAAUAAACCAUUCAAAACGGAAAAUAUUAUGAAAGCGCAUUCGAAAAUUCAUAUUAAAAGAUGUAAUGUUUGUAAUAAGGAAUUUAAAAAUAAACGCUGCUUUAUUAAUCAUCAGAAAAGUCAUUUCAUAAAACCGUUUGUUUGCGAGGUAUGUAAAAAGCACUUCUAUAGUAAAAAAAAUCUCUUAAGGCACGAAGGGAUUCAUGUAAAAAAACGUUAUCCUUGCAUUAAUUUUAAGGAUGAAAAACAAAGUAAAGAAGAUGAUAUUCAAGAGAAUUCAAAUAGAGAGAAGCGUUAUAAGAAUAAUAUCAAGAAAACGAAAUACAUUCCUUCCGUUAGAAAAUGCAAUCAAGUGCAAAAAAAGAUUAAAAGGAAAUACUUCAGGGUUAUGCUUGCAUCUGAUUCUAAACAAAAAUUCACGUGUGACUUGUGUAAACAGACAUUUAUAAAUAAGGAAAUAUUAGAAGCGCAUCUGUUUUUUCAUGUUGGAAAGAAACCAUUUAGUUGUUCAACCUGCAAUGAGAAGUUUUCGUGGCAAUUUCUUUUACGAAGACACAUGAAAGAACACAAGAAUGGAAAUCAAGUUGGUGUGCAAUCAUCUUCAAAAUAUUGUAAAGGAUCUAAUAUUCAGGGGAAAAUCUGUCAAUCUGAUAUUUCUGAUAAACGCCUUCGAUCAAAGUACCGUUUACAGACAAACAAAAGAAAACACAUACGUCCUCGGUGUAAGAUAUGUAAGAAAGAAUUUAAAUACGAAUCUCGUUUGAGACGUCACGAAAUAACUCAUAGUGAAAACCGUCCUUUCAAAUGCGAUAUUUGUAAUAAGUGUUAUAAAACGAAAACACAUUUAAAAGUUCAUUAUGAACUUCAUACUGAACAAUAUAACUAUUCUUGUGAGAUAUGUAAGAGACGUUUUAAGACUAAACACUAUCCUGUCAAGAACGAGUUUUUCACUCCCGACGAAAUUAUUAACUGGAAUGAAACAAACGUACAAAUUAAGGAUGAAAAACAAAGUAAAGAAGAUGAUAUUCAAGAGAAUUCAAAUAGAGAGAAGCGUUAUAAGAAUAAUAUCAAGAAAACGAAAUACAUUCCUUCCGUUAGAAAAUGCAAUCAAGUGCAAAAAAAGAUUAAAAGGAAAUACUUCAGGGUUAUGCUUGCAUCUGAUUCUAAACAAAAAUUCACGUGUGACUUGUGUAAACAGACAUUUAUAAAUAAGGAAAUAUUAGAAGCGCAUCUGUUUUUUCAUGUUGGAAAGAAACCAUUUAGUUGUUCAACCUGCAAUGAGAAGUUUUCGUGGCAAUUUCUUUUACGAAGACACAUGAAAGAACACAAGAAUGGAAAUCAAGUUGGUGUGCAAUCAUCUUCAAAAUAUUGUAAAGGAUCUAAUAUUCAGGGGAAAAUCUGUCAAUCUGAUAUUUCUGAUAAACGCCUUCGAUCAAAGUACCGUUUACAGACAAACAAAAGAAAACACAUACGUCCUCGGUGUAAGAUAUGUAAGAAAGAAUUUAAAUACGAAUCUCGUUUGAGACGUCACGAAAUAACUCAUAGUGAAAACCGUCCUUUCAAAUGCGAUAUUUGUAAUAAGUGUUAUAAAACGAAAACACAUUUAAAAGUUCAUUAUGAACUUCAUACUGAACAAUAUAACUAUUCUUGUGAGAUAUGUAAGAGACGUUUUAAGACUAAACACUAUAUAAAAGAGGAGCCAGAAUUAGAACAUUCGGAUGUUACAUUUGAACCUGUAUUAAAGAAUGAAAAGGAACAACUUAAGACGAAUUACGAGCAAUUUUGUAAAAUAAUUAAAUCAGAGCCUUUAGAAUAUCGAGACGAUGACGAUGUUGAGAUAAAUAUUUAUAAAAAAUCAAUUUCAAACAGUUCCGAUAUGUGGAGUCAUUACGGUUAUAACAGUGAAAUAGAUUGUAAGAAAGAGAAAAUAAAAGAGGAGAAUUGCGAUACUAAAUACGAUAUAAAAUCAGAAUGUAAAGUUGUUUUGAAAAGAUUGAAUUUUAAAGUAAAAUCUGAAGAUUGUAAUGGAGUUUAUCUCCCAGAUGAAUACGAAGAUUUAAAGCCUGUCAAGAAUGAAUUCUUCACUCUGGACGAAAACUUUCACAGGAAUGAAUUGAAUAUCCAAAUUAAGCAAGAAGAACAGACAAAGCAAUACGAUAAUCCGCACAAUUCAAAUACAGAGAAGCGUUAUAAGAAUAAUAUCAAGAAAACGAAAUACGUUCCUUCCGUUAGAAAAUGCAAUCAAGUGAAAGAAAAGAUUAAAAGGAAAUACUUCAGGAUUAUGCUUGCAUCUCGUUCUAAACAAAAAUUCACCUGUGAUUUCUGUAAACAGACAUUUAUUAAUAAGGGAAUAUUAAAAGCGCAUUUGUUAUUUCAUGUUGGAAAGAAACCAUUCCGCUGCUCAACUUGCAAUCAGAAGUUUUCGUGGCAAUUUCUUUUACGAAGGCACGUGAGAGAACACAACACUGAAAACCAAAUCGAAAUCGAUAAUAGAAAAGUUCGUACGAAGUCGUCUCCAAAAAAACGUAAAAAAUCUAAUACUGGACGAAAACGGCUUCAAUGUGAUAUUUGCAAUCAACGCGCUUGGUCGAAGGAUCGUUUAGAGAGACAUAUGAGAAAACACAUACCUCAUCGUUGUAAGAUAUGUAACAAAGAGUUUAAAUUCGAAUGUCGUUUGAGAACUCACGAAGAGGCGCAUAAUAAAAACCGACCUUUCAAAUGCGAUAUUUGUAAUAAGUAUUAUAAAACAAAAAACUGUUUGAAAAGACAUUACGAAAUUCACAGUGAACGACGUAACUAUUCCUGUGACUUAUGUAACAAGCGUUUUAAAACAAAACGCUCUUUGGCACAUCAUAAAGUCAUUCAUAGCAACGAGUUUAAUUAUUCUUGUGAAGUAUGUAAGAAACGUUUUAAACGCAAUUCUGAUUUUAAAAACCAUGUCGAUCUACACACAAACGAAUACAAGUAUUCUUGUGAUAUAUGUAACAAAAAGUUUAAAAUUAAACACUAUUUGAAACGGCAUCAAUACUAUCAUAUCGACAGAAAUAAGUACGUUUGUGACAUAUGUAAAACAGGUUUUAAACUUAAAAAAUAUUUGGUAACUCAUCGCUAUGUUCAACACGAAGGUAUGCUCGUAUGCAAAUAUUGUACUGCGCCAUUCAGAACCGAAAAUAUGUUGAAAGCUCAUUUGAAAAAUCACAUUGAAAAGUGUAACGUUUGUAAUAAGGAAUUUAAAACUAAAUACCAGUUAGCUCUUCAUCAGAAAAGUCAUUAUGAGGUAAAACCGUUUCUUUGCGAGACGUGUAACAGAGGAUUUCGAAGUAAACACCAGUUAAAGCGUCACGAAAGUUAUCAUAAUCAAGAUAAUUAUCGUCAUGUUUGUGAGAUAAUUAUGGAAAAUCAGUAUCAAGGAGUAACAGAGAGUUCUAAUAUUUGGAAUAAUUCUGGUUGUAAUAGUGAAGAUUAUAAGAAAGAAGAAACAGACAGGAAUUAUGAUGCUAAAUAUCUUAUUAAAUCAGAAUGUCGAGUUGUUUUGAAGAGAUUGAAUAUUAAAGUAGAGAUUGAAGAUGGUAAAGAAGUUAUUCUCCUUCCAGAUGAAUACAAACACUUAAAUCUUAUCAAGAAGAUUAAUUUCUUCAUUCCCAACAAAACAUUUAACAGAAAUAAAGUGAACGUCCAAAUUAACAAGGAUGAACAGAAUAAGGAACAUCGCAUUUCAAAAAGAACAAAGAGUUAUAAAGAUGAGACCAACAGGAAGAGGUUUCGUUUUUCAGUUAAAAACUUCAAUAAAAUACAAUGGAAUAUUAAAAAGAAGUACUUCAAGAUAUUGUGUGCAUUUCAUUCUAAAGAAAAGUUCGCAUGUAAUUUAUGUACACAGCCUUUCACAAAUUACAAAGUAUUAAGAGCUCAUCUGUUCUUUCAUAUUGGAAACAAACCAUUUCAAUGCACAACCUGCAAUCAGAUGUUUUACUGGGAAUUUGUUUUACGAAGACACAAGAAAGAACACUACAAUAAAAUGCAAAUGUUACAAAAGUCAUUAGAAGCCAGAAACACAAAAAUAUUUGAGUUGGCAACGUCAUCAAAAUUUCUUCUAGAACCUGUUGAGCAAUGGAAGCCCUUUGAAUGUGAGAUUUGUGGUAAGCGUGUUAUGUCACUGAGCCGAUUAGAGAAGCACUAUAAAACACAUUCAUCUUAUAUUUGUAGCAUAUGUAAAAGAGAAUUUAAACAGAUAUCUCAUUUGAGAAAUCAUCUGGUAGCGCAUAGUGAAGAUCGCCCGUUCAAAUGCAACAUUUGUAAUAAGGGUUUUAAAACGAAAAAAAAUUUAAAGGGUCAUGCUGAAACUCAUAGCAAUGAACAUAAAUAUUUCUGUAAUUUAUGUAAUAGGGGUUUUAAAACAAAAAAGGGUUUUAAAACUCAUAUUGAGGCUCAUGGUGACGAAUAUAAGUAUUCUUGUGAUAUAUGUGGCAGGAGUUUUAAAACGAAACCCUGUUUGGCAAAUCAUAAACUCAUUCACAACGAUAGAAGUUAUUUUUGUGAGGUAUGUAAUACAAGUUUUAAAACGCGGCGGGGUUUAAAGACUCAUGUUGAAAUACACAGUGACGAAUAUAAUUAUACUUGUCAGAUCUGUGACAGGAGUUUCAAAACAAAGAGCUGUUUAUAUGUUCAUAAGUUAGUACAUACCGAAGAACGUAAGCAUUUUUGUGAAAUAUGUGGUCAAACUUUUAAACAUAAAAGUGCUUUAGUAAGACAUCGCCUUGUUCAACAUAAAGUGUAGGCAAGUAAAAAGAUUUUGUCGAAAACUAUUUGAAAACUAAACUUAUAUUGAGAAGUUUACUUUAUAAAAAGGAAUCGAAAAAUUAACACAAGUUAAAUUGAUUACCAGAAAACACGCCUUGACGUCAGACUACUUUAUUGUGAGAUAUGUAAUAUACAUUCUACACUAAAAAACUUCAUCAAAACUACCUAUGAUGAGUACAGUUUUCCUUAUAUUUAUGAAUCAUAGUAGGGUAUUUAUCUUACAACUGUCUUCUUAAGGCAUCAAGGUAUUCAUAUGACCAAACAUUGUUGCAACUAAUGUAAAAACAAAUUUUCAAACAAAAUAGACUGACUAAAAUAAAAUUGCAUGAUAACAUUUAAAAUGUUCUUGUUUAAAACUGCACACCAAGCAAUUUACCUGAUUAGUAUAUUAGAAGCAACAGACUUAUAGAAGAACUGAAGAUAUAUCUGUUGUUACAUUUGUAAAACAACAAUACUUUUCCUUCCACAGGAGGAAUAUAUCAAUGCAAAAUUUGCAAAAGGCCAUUUAGGAGUGUGUUAUAAAUAGUUAUAUGCGGAUAAAUACCGAUUCAAGCGUUAAGAAUUUGAUAAAUUCUGUUCGCAUAUUAAUUUAAAACUUCAAUACAAGGUCAUGUUUUACAAUAGGAUUUUUCUUGUGAAAUGCGUGAAACAAUUUAAACAAAACAUUAUUAAAUUAUAACUAUUCGGACUUACUUCAAUGUGGUAAAUAUAGAAGAUAUGCAUGAAAACGUAACAGUGUUUAAAAUAAAGAAGCACAUCAUUGAAGAUUUACUUUAUUACUUUUUUGAAUGGCAUUUCGUUUCAAAUACAAUUGGGGAAUUUUUGUUUCUAAAUAUAGGAAAAUCCUCAGAGAGAUAAAAGAUUGUUGUUUCUUUUCGAAAUUUUUACCAGGACAUCGUGCGACUUUGUCCUAUCGCGAAAGAAUCGAGGCAGAACCGGAAAGCAAGAGGCGAUUUUUGCAUCUGGACACGAAAGAUCAGGUGUUUGAAUGGCGCGUUAUAUCUUGAUGGACGCCCAGGCAAAUAAGAAUUAGCAGGCACAAUAUACCGUGUUGACUUUAGACAUUUUCCUAAAGGGAAAUAUAUUCUUAUAAAAGAUUGGUUUGGGGCCUCAGGCAAUUGUUGUUUUUGCCCGUAUGAUAACGCAGCAUUGAAUUGUUAAAUUUUGCUAUAUGGAAGAGACGAUCCUUGCACUUACAUGAAGAAGUGAUCUAAGAACUGCAGAAACAAAGCAAUUAAUGUCGAUUGCUUUGUUUCUUGUGCUUUUCUCAUGCUUAUUUCUUAUUAGGCUUGCAAAAUGCUCUUUUUUUAUUUUGUAUUUGUUUUUCCCCUACCGCUUAGCGAAAUGCUAAGCGCGCUCAAUUGCGUCAAGGAGCAUCAACAUUUUCAUUUUGACCUCACUGUAUCUCGAAAACGAUGUCAAUACCUCCACUUCUUAUUUAAUUUAUAUAUAUAUAUUUCUCAUCACAAUUAAUAGAAAACAGCAAAGUUUAAUCAAAAUAACGCAAUUAACUUUUGAGAAUAAAUGCAGUUCUAUACAUCACGUAGAAGAGAUUUCGCUGACGUUCCGCCUGAAAAAUGAAUUGUAAAAAUAACUUGUAUCAAAAUUUAAAUGUAUUCAGUUAUUUUGAUGAUAAAUCAUAAAUACGUUUGUAAAAUUAAUUUUUUUAAUAAAAUAAACU